AUGAAUCCUACACCCGAGAACAGCGGACAGGCAUCUGCGCCGCCUGCUAGAAUCGUGGCACGCUUACAACGUAGGAGCAAUAGCAGGAGGAGAUCGUCUGCUCAUUCCUCAAGGCGCAGUUCUAUCUCGUCUCUACACUCAAGAGCCUCCUCAUUGUCCUGUCAUGGCGGUCCAUAUAGUACGCAUAUCGCGCAACAUUUGCGCCGAGCCUCGAUCAUCGAGAGUCGAAAGGCACGUUUAGCCGAACGAGCAGCUCAUGCUGAACAGGUUCGCCUACGUGCUGCUGCCGUUAAGGCCGCUCCUCGAGCCUCAAAUAGUGAAGAGAAGGCUUUGGCUGCGCAGUCUGCAAGAGAGAAGUUGCUGGCCGAAGUUGCCGCCCGUUGCGCAGAAGAGGUGCGCCGAGCAAAAGAGGUAGCUGAAGAGACGCGCGAGAAGAAAGCUGCCGAACAUGCCCGACUCGAGGCUCAAAUGGCCGAGAAGUUUGCUGACGCCGCAAAACGUAGAUCCAUGUAUCAGUUGAACUCUCGUCGUCCCAGGAGAACAUCGCUCACGGCUGUGGAGGAGAAGAAGGUGGACCCAGCAAGGCUGGGACGAAAUGCUGCCGUCAGAAUUAUUCAACGAACCUGGAGAGCGUCGUAUGCCAGGAGGAUUGCUACCACAUUUCGAGAGGCAGGAAUUACUGUCACAAAUUUGAAGAGCCUCGACUUUGAGGAUGUCACCAAGUUGAUCUCUACCGAGGAUGUGAUGUGUGCAUCUAUACGCUUAAUGAGUCAUUUCGGCCUCCUCGAUGCUGAAACUGACAAUACUGCUAGGCGCGGCGCUGCCAGAGUCUUCCUCAGUGCCUUUAUGGUCGUGGCACAUCCUGUACAAACAUUCUCUCAUGGCGGUCAAGAACCACAGGAGCAGGAUCUGAUUAUUAAAGCACAGACACUGACGAGUGCCAUCGUAGAGAAUCUAAGUGCUCUAAUCCAGAAUCAAUCCCUUUUCAUUCCUAAGGACCAGCUUCAAACUAUAUUUCAGGACUUCACGGCCGGGUUUCAUGGUUGGAAAACUCAAGAUCUUGGAAUACUUGCUGAUGUCUGGGUUGCUUCCUUCGUUAAUUUCGACCUCAUCGUUCAAGCGACCAAGGAAGGCAAUGAUGAGAACGUGGCAGCUGACUAUCAAGAUGCCAUCAAAACCGAACAGACAAAGAUUCUGGUUCAUUUGAAGCGUUUGCUUGGCCCUGAGAAAGCUCUCGAGCGUGUUCGAAGAGCUGUCAAGAAGGCUCGAAAAGACCGAGCUGCUCAGAAGGCAAACGGAACGACCGAGCAUGUCCCUCGAGCAUCAAUGCCUGCUAACAUAGACAACGAACUCCCUACAACUGCAAUUCCGACACCUCCAGCAACGCCCAAAAAGGUCGAUCAACCCGAGCAGGUGUCUUCGGACUUCCAAAAACUCGAGCAAACCAUGACACCUAUACCAUCGAACAGAGAGAUUGCUCACGAGAUUCAGAUAAAUGGCAGCUUCGAAAUCCGUGAAAAGCCAUGGACAAAAGCAAGACAGCAAUACACGCACGCUCUCAAGCAGAAAAUGCGGAACACCUUACAGGCAGAAGAUACAAGAACUGAGGCUAACUGGAGUUUCAGCAUGGUGAUUUUGGUCAAAGUCAAAUUACUCCAAGUCGUCAGCCCUCGUCACGAGCUAUACAACAAAAUCGACAUGUUCCUAGACCCAAAACUGGUCGGUCAGCAGGUUUGGAAGGGAAUUUUUGUGUACAAUGACUUUUUCAUGACCAUCGGGAAUAUCAUUAAACAGCUCUGCUCGCCCGGUAGAGACGAUCUGGUCAGAAAUUUCUGCGAUGAUACCACAGGUGACACAAUUGAUCGUUUGUUCAAGCUAGUCAACAUUCUUGAUUUAAUGGUUCUUGAUUCUGUCAACGUCCAGUAUAGGAUAAUUUCAAGAAACGUGAGGGAACUUGGCUAUCAACAUGAGCAUAUCGCCUUCCAGAAAGACCUGGAUAACAACAUUUGUACUCUCGAAAAGACCGAGGCGUUCUGGUCCAGGGGUAAGAUAGCUACCUCAGCCAUGCCUGGAACAGCAUACUACUCUGCUUCCAUCUAUGCACGAGCGCUCACCGACCUUAUCCUGUCAAAUAUCCAUCUGACCUAUGACAUUGUGCCGGAAACUCUAGGUUACGACUGGUUGCGCUUACUCAAGCUGAGAGCACGAGUGCUGCAUAUUGUAGGUACAGCCUCUAUUCUCCUUACCUCCAAGAUUCGUCUGCGGCGAAACCGAGAAUCUUUGUGGACUAGAGAAGCAGAGCAGCUCAUGAAGCUCGACGUAAUGACAAUAGAUGCUUCCACCAUCGUCGAACAGAUCGAGUCUGGACACAUGAUGCCAGAUAGUACAAGAGUAGGCCUAAUGGACUUUGUCAGCCGAGUCUUACCAACAGCAGUCAAUGCCGCAACACAAGCACAAAUGGCUGAAGACGAGCAUGACCAGGCCAUUCGCAAGAAGGUUGAAUACGAUCCAAAGCUUAGCCACUCCUCGAACGAAAUAAACACCGUCUUCAAAGAACAAAUCGCAACUUACAUCCUCAAAUCACUGCGAGAGCAUGUCUACGCACGUCUUUCAGCUUCUGGAAUAACAGAAAGGGUGCGAGUGCAAAGUAGUGCGGCUGCUACCAUGGCACGGAUUGGUAUGCCUGAAUUCUUGGCCGAGGUGAAUAGUGUGGUUGAUGUACUUGAGCGGGUCAAAGCUGUUGAUCUAAAAGCGCAUGAGAAAUGGUAUGACGAGAUUGCGACGCGAGCCAGUCAGCCGGUAGAUGUAGCAUAA